AUGGGUCAAGCCUUCCAUGGCUUCCCCAUACCUUUCAACAACUCUAACUCAUCAAACCCUCUUUCUUUCUCCACAAGUUUCGUUUUCUCAAUCAGCGCACCAGGUCAUGGCCUAACCUUCAUGAUCUCUCCCACCAUGGACUUCACCAGAGCCAUGGCGAGUCAGUUUCUCGGUCUCUUCAACGCUUCAAACAACGGAAACUCAACAAACCGCAUCCUCGCGGUGGAGUUUGACACGGUGAAGUCAAACGAGUUUCUUGACAUCGACGGUAACCACGUGGGGAUCGACGUCAACGGCUUGGUCUCAGUUGAAUCUGCACCAGCUGCGUUUUUCUCAAACCGGCAUAUCAAGAAUAUAACCUUGAAGCUUUCUAGCAAAGAUCCGAUUCGGGCUUGGAUCGAAUACAAUGGAGUGGAGAUGGUUCUUAACGUCACAUUGGCUCCUCUUGACACUUCUAAACCUAAACUUCCUCUUUUGUCAAGAAAGAUGAAUCUUACAGAGAUUUUUAACGACAAGAUGUAUGUCGGAUUCUCAGCAUCCACGGGAAACAUGACGAGUAAUCAUUAUGUUAUUGGAUGGAGCUUUAGUAGAGAAGGCAAAGCAAAAGAGUUUGAUCUCACUCUACUUCCUUCAGUUUCAGCCCCAUCGCCAUCUGAGUUAGAUGACUUUGAUCUUAUUUCAGAUGCUCCUUCGGAUUCAGCAACUGCAAACCCUAAACGCACCAAACUGAUCAUAAUCUACACACUUGUAAUAAUGUUCUUUAUGAUGUGA